GCUUCCUUCCAUCACUAAAGCAAUAACCUAUUAGGAUUUUCUUUGGCACCUAUCACCCCAGAGAUGCAAAGAAGGAGAGAGAAGCCUCAACCAGCCCAACUCUGACAUUUCUAAUAAGAACUUACAGACUUAACAUGCCUGCCUCUCUACACUGAGGAGACAGGAAUGGAAAAUGUGUGCAGUGUAGAGUGGAAAAUACCCCUGAUCUAAAGAAGUGCACUGGGUUUUGUGCUUGCUGGUUGGUUGUGGUGGUGUAUGCACGUUAAGCACCAGAAGGAUCGUCGCCGGAUAGAAACGUGGAGAGGAUGACUAACGACAGAACUGUGAAUUUGUUCUCUGGAGUUGCUAAUUUCCCACCCCGAAGCAACACAUUUCGCAAAGAGCAAACGUUUGGCUGCUGCUGAUUUCUCCAAAACUGGUGGUUUAGCAGAUGCUUUGUGCUGUAUGUGUUGGAUCAGAUCCUUGCUGAGCCGCAGCAGAUCGGCAAAGGUACACAACCAGUUUGCUGUCUCCAAAUAAGAAAUGAGAUGUAAUGCAUCCUGCAGUCCAUGCACGCCUCCUCUUGCAAAUCGUGCACCAUUCCUCCGUGGAAAUCUUUAAAUCCUAAAAUCCAGAAAAAGAGAAUAAACACAUUAUCAUGGACCUGAGGGAUUUUUACCUGUUGGCUGCUCUGAUUGCCUGUUUAAGGCUGGAUUCAGCUAUAGCUCAAGAACUUAUUUACACUAUUAGAGAGGAGCUGCCUGAAAAUGUACCCAUAGGAAACAUACCAAAGGAUCUGAACAUUUCUCACAUCAAUGCUGCCACAGGGACCAGCACCAGCCUUGUCUACAGACUGGUUUCUAAAGCAGGGGAUGCCCCUUUGGUCAAAGUGUCCAGCACCACCGGGGAAAUCUUCACCACCUCUAAUAGAAUAGAUAGAGAAAAACUCUGUGCUGGAGCCUCCUAUGCUGAAGAAAAUGAGUGUUUUUUUGAACUUGAAGUGGUGAUUCUCCCCAAUGACUUUUUUAGGCUGAUCAAAAUAAAAAUCAUUGUAAAAGAUACCAAUGACAAUGCACCUAUGUUUCCAUCCCCUGUCAUCAAUAUUUCCAUACCUGAAAACACGUUGAUCAACAGCCGCUUUCCAAUUCCAUCAGCAACUGAUCCGGACAUUGGUUUCAACGGUGUACAGCACUAUGAACUGUUAAAUGGGCAGAGUGUCUUUGGAUUGGAUAUUGUAGAAACUCCGGAAGGAGAGAAAUGGCCUCAACUGAUCGUACAGCAAAACUUGGAUAGAGAGCAGAAGGACACCUAUGUGAUGAAAAUCAAAGUAGAGGAUGGAGGAACCCCUCAGAAAUCCAGCACAGCCAUACUGCAAGUCACAGUAAGUGAUGUCAAUGAUAACAGGCCAGUUUUCAAAGAGAGUCAGGUGGAGGUUCACAUACCAGAGAAUGCCCCAGUAGGCACCUCUGUAAUUCAGCUUCAUGCUACAGAUGCAGAUGUAGGAAGCAAUGCAGAAAUCAGAUAUAUUUUUGGUGCCCAAGUUGCCCCUGCAACCAAAAGGCUCUUUGCUUUAAAUAACACAACAGGGCUGAUUACAGUGCAGAGGUCCUUAGAUCGAGAAGAGACUGCUAUUCACAAAGUGACAGUGCUGGCCAGUGACGGUAGCUCUACUCCUGCUCGGGCAACUGUUACCAUCAACGUCACUGAUGUAAAUGAUAACCCUCCUAACAUAGACCUCAGGUACAUUAUAAGUCCCAUCAAUGGCACAGUAUACUUAUCUGAGAAAGAUCCUGUCAAUACAAAGAUUGCCCUAAUUACAGUUUCAGAUAAGGACACUGAUGUGAAUGGCAAAGUGAUCUGUUUCAUUGAGAGAGAGGUCCCAUUUCACUUGAAGGCAGUUUACGACAACCAGUAUUUGUUAGAGACCUCUUCCUUGUUGGACUAUGAGGGCACCAAAGAAUUCAGCUUUAAAAUUGUUGCCUCUGAUUCUGGCAAGCCCAGUUUGAACCAGACUGCCCUGGUAAGAGUUAAACUGGAGGAUGAAAAUGACAACCCUCCAAUUUUCAGCCAGCCUGUAAUUGAGCUGUCAGUUUCUGAAAACAACCGUCGUGGUCUAUACUUAACAACUAUUAGUGCCACAGACGAAGACAGUGGGAAAAAUGCAGACAUUGUUUAUCAGCUUGGCCCUAAUGCCUCCUUUUUCGAUCUGGAUCGAAAGACGGGAGUUUUGACAGCCUCCAGAGUUUUUGACAGAGAAGAGCAAGAACGUUUCAUUUUCACUGUAACAGCAAGGGACAACGGCACCCCUCCUCUGCAGAGUCAAGCGGCUGUAAUUGUUACUGUGCUGGAUGAAAAUGACAACAGUCCCAAAUUUACUCAUAAUCACUUUCAGUUUUUUGUAUCUGAGAACUUACCAAAGUAUAGCACUGUGGGAGUGAUCACAGUGACCGAUGCAGAUGCAGGGGAAAAUAAAGCAGUGACCCUUUCCAUCCUGAAUGAUAAUGAGAACUUUGUGCUGGAUCCUUACUCUGGAGUUAUAAAGUCCAAUGUUUCUUUUGAUCGAGAACAGCAGAGCUCGUACACCUUUGACGUCAAGGCCAUUGAUGGAGGACAACCUCCUCGCUCUUCUACAGCGAAAGUAACAAUAAAUGUCAUGGACGUUAAUGAUAACAGCCCAGUUGUCAUCUACCCACCUUCUAAUACUUCUUUUAAGUUGGUGCCACUCUCAGCAAUCCCAGGCUCUGUCGUAGCAGAAGUAUUUGCUGUGGAUAUAGACACUGGAAUGAAUGCUGAACUUAAAUAUACAAUUGUAAGUGGAAAUAACAAAGGUUUAUUUCGUAUUGAUCCAGUGACAGGUAAUAUUACUCUGGAAGAAAAACCAGCUCUUACUGAUGUGGGGCUGCAUCGUUUAGUGGUCAACAUAAGUGACUUGGGUUAUCCUAAAUCCUUGCAUACUCUUGUGCUUGUAUUUUUGUAUGUAAAUGACACUGCUGGAAAUGCCUCUUAUAUUUAUGAUUUGAUACGUAGGACUAUGGAAACACCCUUGGACCGGAACAUAGGGGACAGUAGCCAACCCUAUCAAAAUGAGGACUAUCUUACUAUCAUGAUUGCUAUAGUGGCAGGUGCUAUGGUUGUGAUAGUGGUGAUAUUUGUCACGGUUCUGGUUCGCUGUCGACAUGCAUCUAGGUUCAAAGCGGCACAAAGGAGCAAGCAAGGUGCUGAAUGGAUGUCUCCCAAUCAGGAGAACAAACAGAACAAGAAAAAGAAAAGGAAGAAAAGGAAGUCUCCUAAAAGUUCUCUUUUGAACUUUGUUACCAUUGAGGAGUCGAAACCUGAUGAUGCUGUUCAUGAACCUAUCAACGGGACAAUAAGCCUUCCAGCUGAGCUGGAGGAGCAAAGUAUAGGAAGAUUUGACUGGGGCACAGCACCACCAACAACCUUUAAGCCUAACAGUCCUGAUCUUGCUAAGCAUUACAAAUCUGCCUCUCCACAGUCUGCUUUUCAUCUUAAACCUGACACUCCAGUAUCAGUGAAAAAGCAUCAUGUGAUUCAGGAACUUCCGUUGGACAACACCUUUGUUGGUGGUUGUGACACCCUUUCCAAACGCUCUUCCACUAGUUCAGAUCACUUCAGUGCCUCAGAGUGCAGUUCCCAAGGAGGCUUCAAGACAAAGGGCCCCUUACACACCAGACAGGCACUGAAUUUUGGAGAUAUGCCGAAGUACUUGUGGGAGAUUUGGGUACCUGACAAACCAUGGGUGUCCCAGCGCCGUGUUACGUUUCACCUCCCUGAUGGCUCCCAGGAAAGCUGCAGUGACAGUGGUCUAGGAGACCAUGAGCCUGUGGGUAGUGGAACCCUGAUCUCACACCCUCUCCCUCUGGUUCAGCCACAGGACGAAUUCUACGACCAGGCCUCUCCGGACAAGAGGACUGAAGCUGAUGGCAACUCUGACCCCAACUCUGAUGGGCCUCUUGGUCCACGAGGAUUAGCUGAAGCUACAGAGAUGUGUACUCAAGAAUGCCUGGUUUUGGGUCACUCCGAUAACUGUUGGAUGCCUCCCAGCCUGGGUCCAUACCAGCAGCCAAAGUCUCCUCUCUCCACCUUUGCACCUCAGAAAGAAUGGGUUAAGAAGGACAAACUAGUGAAUGGACACACAUUGACAAGAACCUGGAAAGAAGAUAGCAACAGAAACCAGUUCAGUGACCGAAAGCAGUAUGGUUCUGGUGAGGGCCAUUUCAACACUGGCAAUCACAUGACUGACAUUCCUUUGGCUAACUUGAAGUCUUAUAAACAGGCCUCAGGACCUGCUGAGAGUCCAAAGGAGCACCAGCUAUAAGGAAUGGCUACUUUGGAUCAAUGACUUUAGUCUACUUAGACUUGCUAAUACUGUGUGUGUGUGUGUGUCAGAGCUUUAUGUACUGGGUAGACCUCUAGAACUAUGCUUCACAUAGCAGAGAUAUACAUAUCUUUGUGUUAGCCCAAUGGAAAGUAUAAUGUUCUGCAACACAAAACAGUGUUUCUACUAGUUGUGUGGUUUUGUUAAAUAGACAUGAUUAAACUCUGCAGAGAUCUCUCCAGUUUGCAAAUAUUCUUUUUUUUUGUUUGUUUUUUGACCCUGGACUGCUGCUACAAACAACAGAAGAUGCAUUUGGAGAGUGAUAGACCAAGAGAGAGAGUUCAGUGGAUUAUAAUGAUUGAAAAGCAUAUCCAGUUAGAAAAUUGUUCUCUUGCUGUCAUUGAUCUGUGCUGGGACUGCUAUACUUGAUAUCAUACUGCAAACAAAACAACUAAAACUAUAAACAUUAAACCUAUUGUGCUAUUAACAACAUUAGUGGACACUUGUAAGUCAAUCAGUGUUCAAAAUACUUGUAAAUAGGAACAAUUAUUACUAACAAAAUUUGUGUACUUAUAACGUUCACCUAAAAAGGAUACUGUAGCAUAAUUCUUUGUUUCACAGUUGCUUUUUACUUUUUUUCAUUUGCUUCCUGUUGUUUUGUUUUUAAUUUCAGUGAUGGUGUUUCUGUGUUAGUAGUCUGUCUGACACACAAAGUUCCAAGGAACUCAAAACACUUGUGUUUAAAAAAUAAACCAAACAAAAAACCUCUUGCUUCUGUUUAACAGCAGAUGAUGCUGGCAUUCUAGCAAGAAAAACUGUUUUCAAAUAUUAAGAAACAAAAGGAUUUACGCAAGGGCUUUAAACUUUAAUAACUUUAAUUUCACUUCCAUUCUGUUUUGCAAAGCAGGGGAAUUAAAAAAAAAAAAAAAAAAAGAAGUUAGCUAUGUGGGGGGUGGCAAAGGAGCGUCAGAUAGCAUUUAUUUAGGAACCCUGAUCAGUUAACUGCAGUCUCACAAUUAAUGAAAAGUAACAUUGAGCUAAUUUGGAGUAGAAGAAGGGAAAUUUGGAGAAACAAAAUACAAGCAUCAUUUUCUUUCUAAUUGGGCAAGUGUGUGUCUAUACCUAAGACAGUUUGUAUUGCUGAAAAAGCUGCAUUUGUGUUGAUCCUCAUCUGCGUUAAUGUUGUAGUAACACAAGUGUUUUUAGACCAUAGCCACAGAAUAUUUAAUGUGUUGUGCCUUCAUGAUGUAACAGAGCAUUCUCCUGGUAGGCUAGUUGGGGAAACUAAGGGUUAAAACUCUAAUUAUUGCUGUUUAACUGUUUGUUAUCAUAGUUGGUCAAUGCCUGGCAGGUACCGGCGUCAUGUCACUUCAGACAAACCAGCAGAGUGACUCCUACUAUUAAUAAGAUCUAAGUUGCACGUAAAACAAAUCCAAAUCUGGACAUUCUUAGGCGGUUUUUGUUAAGGCAUGACAGAUGAUUUAAACAAAUAAAUAGCAUGCAGAAAAAAAGAAGAAAAAAAAAAAGAAAAAAAGAAAAGAAAAAAAAGGGAAAAUUAUCUUAUGCCACAGUUGAUUAGUCUUAAAAUAACAAACUUAGGUAAUCUGAAUUUAAUUUGUUCUUACCAAAAAAAAAGGUUUUUUUUGUAUAUAGCAGUUCACAGUUUUUUUCCUCCACAGUAUAAAAACAUAAAAUGGGUUAGGGGUGCAUUGCUUAUUGCAGUACUUAUGUCAGUUUGUGAGGGGUGUUUGAUGACUUUGACAGAAUAAAUAUCUAAACAGUUAUCCUUGUUACUGCUUUGCCAGUUCAACGUUAUUUACAGUUAUUCAGCUCUUGCAAUAAAUGUUCUGAAUUCCU